AUGGCGGGGAAGAAUGCAAUCUCAGUCUCUCAGUUUGCCGAACACUUUCGGCUGGCAUGGUCUGGGGUAAGAGGAAUCACCCCUCAUGGGCACCCGGGCCGGAUAGAGGAUGCGGCUCAACUACCGCGAAGGGUCGGCCUUGCCAUCAGCGGUGGUGCGGACUCUAUGGCCUUGGCCUACCUUUGCCGACAACUUGAAAAAACGCCCAUCGGCGGUCCGAUCUCCGUGACCGCGUUCAUAGUUGAUCAUCGCGCCCGAAAAGAGAGCAGCGAAGAAGCGAGUAUUGUCAAGUCACGGCUUUCCAAAUUAGGUAUCAACACUCAAAUCUUGAAGUUAGAUUGGUCUUCAAUAUCAAAUUCUGAAGACACAUCAGUCUCAAAAAGUGCAACACCAUCAAUGCCCACUGCCUUCGAAACCCACGCUCGCCGGCUACGGUUCCAAGCCCUGGGCAGAGCCUGUCGGGAAAACGGAAUACAAGCACUACUUCUAGGCCAUCACCGAGAUGACUCAAUUGAGACAACUCUUUGGCGUCUAGCAACUGGUGCUCGUCGAGCUGGCCUUGGCGGGAUUCAAAGCAUAGCUCGGAUCCCAGAAUGCCAUGGCAUUUUUGGAGUCUCCGAGAGUGGUUCAUCAAUGAGUCUAUCAACCUGCACCGAUGCCCCGGAGAGAGGUCAAAAUGUAUCCGCCACUUCGAUGAAAGAAAAAUUUGCAACCGGUGGCGUCUUUGUUUGUCGACCUCUCCUUUCUUGUUCCAAAGCCCGAUUACUCGCAACCUGCCACGAAAACGAUGUCCCCUACGUCUCUGAUCCGACUAAUUUCGACCCUACUUUGACUCCUCGAAAUGCCGUUCGCAGUCUGAUUACGGCGAAUUUACUACCUCGCGCACUUCAAGGGCCCCGUAUCCUUGCGCUCAUUCGCUCUAGUCGUGAUCUUCUGCAAGUGGCGAGUAAUUUUUCAGAUCAACUACUCGCAUCACGGUGUCGUAUCCUCGACAUUAGUCUAGCAACAGGAAUUAUGACUAUCCAAUUUAAAUCUAUCCCAACAUGGAUGGACUCGUUGCAGGCACAUGACUCUCCGAAAUGGACCCGACAAAUCCAGGCAAUGACACUUCGUCGCAUCACAGAGCUCAUCUCUCCUUUUCCGAAGAACCAGUUUUCAUUGCGCAGUUUUGAGCCUUUUAUUUCUCGGGUAUUUGGGCCCAUUGAAGGAUCUGCUCGUUGCGAAAACACUAUCCGCCGAUCAUUCACGUUAGGAGGCGUCAUGUUCACGCCUGUGGAUGAGUCAAAAUCAUCCACUAAUAAAUCUCAUGGAAUGCCGUCUGGCGAGGGUAGUACCUGGCGGCUAUCACGACAACCUUUUAUGAAAGACCGAUCCCCAGUCUUGUCGGUAGAAGCUCCACUUCCAACACAGAAGAUUAAUUCUAAGUUCCAACCAACAAGUACCGGGUGGGUUCUCUGGGAUGACCGAUACUGGUUUAAUUUCUCUAUUGCGCCGAGUAAGAAUCUGACAAGGGAUCGUUCUGUCUCUUCUCGGGUAUCUACGCAGACCGAACGAGUUUCUUUUCAAAUACGCCCUUUCCAACAAAAUGAUUUCCAGAUCAUGGCCAGUGGAGGCCAAAAGGAUCAUGCGCUUCGCCGGAGUAUUCUUCGCAAGCUUUUAUCAUCUGAGGCACCAGGGCCAACGCGGUAUACAAUCCCGGUACUAUUGCAUGAAACAUUCAAUGAAGCUGAAGAGUCAGAAGUAAAGCUAUUAUCUUUACCCACUCUGGAUUUCCCCAUGUCUGGCAGAGGCUUCCAAUAUUCCCAAAUUAUGGAUAUUGCCGCUGGGGGCAAGAGAUGGACUUUGAAAUGGUCAUGGAUGUUUAAAAUGCUCGAUACUAGUGCAUUGCGCCUGAUGGGCAAACCUGUAGAAGCCGACAGCUAA